AUGCUGAGCGUCCUUCACUACCGCCGCCUCCUCCUGCUCUCAUUCCCGCUUCAUCCUUUCUCUCCUCUGUCGCAUCCCUCUCAUGAACGCGCCUGGUGCAUGUGUCGGUCGGUGUGUCGACGUUUUAUUGCAGGCUUGCAUCGAAUCACAUUCCUUUUCCAGCGCAGCAUCACGCACACACCACCACCACCACCACCACCACCACACUCUAUCACCAUGUCCGUUGAGGAGGUGCAGAACGCCGCGGCGAUGGCCGACGAGGAGAUCCCGACGCUCGAGGCGGCUGAGGUGCCACAGAACGCGAAGCAGUCGAAGCGCUACGCCAAGGCCAUGGCCAAGAUGGGCCUCAAGCCGGAGCCCAACAUCACGAAGGUCACCAUUCGCAAGGUUGGCUCCCUGUCCUUCGCCAUGGUGCAGCCAGAGGUGUACCGCUUCCCUGGCACCAACACCUUCGUCAUCUUCGGCGAGGCGCAGCUGGAGGACACAAGCGCGCUGGCGCAGGAGGCGGCUGCCCGCGCUGCCGUCUCUGGUGCCGCGUCGGCUUCCUCCGACGCCGCUGCAUCUGUGCCGGCGGCGGAGGAAGAUGACGACGAGGAGGUGGGCGCCGGCGACCUGGACGAGAAGGAGAUCAACGUGGUGAUGAGUCAGGCGAACGUGUCUCGCAGCAAGGCCAUCAAGGCCCUCAAGAACAACAACGGCGACAUCGUCAACACCAUCAUGGAGCUGACCAUGUAG